AUGAGUGAAGAAGAAUUGAAUGCAGUUGCUGUUCAUUCAUAUGACGAUUCAUCGAAUAGUAGUCCAUCAACAUCAACUAUGUUGAACACAACUAUUGAAAAUAUUGGUCGAACACAAAUAAAACGACCAACAUCAUUAAAUGUAUUAAAACCAACAGAACUUAUUUUACGUGAUUCAACAAAUGGUGGAUGUAAAUCAGAAGGUUCGCCGAUAAAUAGCGUGCAAAAAAGACAACAAAAAAAGAAAAAACGUCGAACAGCUAAUUCAUAUUCGGAUAUAUCAUUUAAUGAUAAAUAUAAAUUAACUGAAGAAUUACUUGGAACCGGUGCACACGGAAUUGUUAAAACGUGUCGCGAUCGAGUAACAAAACAAGAAUAUGCCGUAAAAAUAAUAAGUAAAGCUCGUCAUCCAAAUCGAACACGUGUAUUUAAAGAAAUUGAUAUAUAUUAUCAUUGUCGUGGUUGUGAAAAUAUUUUAAGCAUUAUUGAUUUUCUUGAGGAUGAUGAUUAUUUUUAUCUUGUCUUUCAAAAAAUGGAAGGCGGGCCAUUACUCAAUCAUAUAAUGAAACGUAGCCGUUUAACGGAACGUGAAGCUAGUUUAAUCGUACGUGAUAUUGCUAAUGGUCUUAAUUUUCUUCAUUCAAAGGGCAUGUGUCAUAGGGACUUAAAACCGGAAAAUAUCUUAGUUGAACGUGCUGAUUCUAUAGUACCAAUAAAAUUAUGUGAUUUUGAUUUGGGUUCAGCUAUUCGUCUUAAUAGUAAUAAAACAACACCAAUAACAACACCAGAAUUAUCAACACCUGUUGGUUCAGUUGAAUUUAUGGCACCAGAAGUUGUUGAUGCAUGGACAAGUCUUGAAGGUUCAUUACAAAUAUAUGAUAAACGUUGUGAUUUAUGGUCACUUGGUGUUAUUAUAUAUAUAAUGUUAUCGGGUUAUCCACCAUUUUAUGGUACAUGUGGACAUAUAUGUGGUUGGACAAAAGGUGAAGAAUGUGAAAAAUGUCAAAAUUUAUUAUUUGAACGUAUACAAGAUGGUGAAUUUGAUUUUCCUGAUAAAGAUUGGAAAUAUAUAUCAGAUGAAGCAAAAGAUUUAAUAAAACAUUUAUUAGUACGUGAUGCAUCAUUACGUUUAACAGCAGCUGAAGUUCUUCAACAUUCUUGGGUAAAAAAUAGUCAUGAAUUAAAUGAACAACCUUUGAAUACACCUACACUUUUACAAGGUCAUAAUAGUAUUCGUCGUUUAGAAUCUUUUACAAAAGAUGCAUUAAGUAUAACAAAAAUGAUUGAUGAACGUGAACGUAUGAUGUAUCAUCGAUCACGUAGUAUUGAUAGUAUACAUCAACGAAGUCGAAAAUCAUCAUUUAAUGAAAAUUAUCAAGAAAAUAAUCAUAAUAAUAAUAAUAGUGAUGAUGAUUAUGAUGAUGAUGAUUAUAAUGAAUCUGAUUCAAGUGUUACACGUAUAUUAAAACGACGUAUGAAAAAGAAAAAACGACAACAAAAUAAAAUACAAUCAAAUAAUAAUAAUAAUGAUAAUCAAAAUUUUGAUAUUUUAAGACGACGAUUAUCAAGUGCCACAAUGACAUCGGGUGAUGAAGAUGAUUUUUUAGCCUGUAGUUAUAAAACAGUUAUUCAUCGUCCAACACCAGUAACAUUACCACAAGCACAGCCACAACCACAACCACCACCACCACCAUCACCACAUUUUUAUUUAGCUCCGAUAGAAAAUUCAACUCAAACACCAACACAACCAGAAAUCUUAACACUUACACCAUCACCAAUAAUUCCAGUUCCAACAAGUCCAUUAUCUGUUUUUAUGCUUCCAUCCCCAACUGUUAAUUUACCAAUACAUCAUAGAGCUCAUACAGAUACAGAUCUUGUUUUUUACAAUCAACAACCUCUUCUUUAUCCUAUUCAUUGGUAUCCAUCACCGGCAUUUUUUUAUCCUAAUCAAAAUCCUUUACCAACAAAUUUUCUAUAUGGUCCUGUACCAUCAUUUGUCAUGCAUCCCAUACAUCAACAACAAGUUCGAAGUUCAUCAGCUGAUUGUCGUCGUACGGCAAAUAACGGUAGUGAACAUCGUAUUUUAUAUCCUGAACGAGUUUGGUAG